AUGCCCUUCACUUCUGUUGCCUUAUCCUCCCCACCGACCACAUCCAGCUCUCUCUCUCCCUUAUCCUCUCCCACCGGCCUCCUCCCCACCGGCCUCGCAAUCCAAUCCAAGGAGUCCACCGGCCUCGAGGCCAUCUGCGAGCGCCUCAAGCUCAGCCUCUGCAUGGAGUUCACCUACAUCGUCUGCGAGGGGGACCCCAUCGACGAGAUGCUCCACAUCAUCCAGAACCGCCUCGAGAGCUCCGUCAUCGAUGACGGCUGCAUGGGGUUCUACAACCAGGGCCUGCUCAAGGAAGGGGACUUCUGCAACGAGGAGCUACUCACGUGGGCGCUCGACCCCAAGGCCGGCGCCAACUUCCUGCUCUCCACGCACACCAUCAAGGCCAUCUAUGAGGUUGAGGCCUUCACGCUGUGCGCCGAGGAGCUCAAGUUCAUCACCGACCAGUUCCGACGAUUGCACAACACGACAGCUUUAGCAGAUGGCGGUGGGCUACCAAGCAGCUGUGAUUGUUUUUCUUGA